AUGUCAAAAAUAGCAGGUCGAAUAUCCAGGAUACCAAAAACUUUGUGGGAGCACAAAAAGAAAACAGCUUUUGCCGGGUUUUUAGGUUAUCUGGGAGUUGAUUUUGCGAUUCGAUGGAACUUGUGAGUUGAAUGGAGAUUUUCCAAUUUCAUUUUGAUGAGGUCGACAGAAAUCAGAAGAUUCGGGGAUUUUAUGCACGCCAGGCCUUGGAGUACGGCCAGCAGACGAUAUCGCGUGAGAUUAUCAGCAGGGGUUUUUCAAUUUUUUUUUUUUGCAGCUGAGGUCAGACCGAGACGCGUUUUUGUGUUGGUGAACGUAGAGGCCAACGGACGACAUUGCUACGACGACUUCCAGAAGAACGCGAUGCCGCUGUUCAACUUGGCCGGUAUCCAGGUCGACGUCGUCAAGGUCCUUUCCACGCUUUUCUUUUUUCGCAAGUCGGAAUUGAUUUAUUUGAAAAAAAAAACAGAGUACUGUGCUGAAUUCCACAGACCAAAACGUUGAGAUAGUUCUGUUCAAAGAAGUCCAAUUUAGCAGAAAUUCAAAUUUAAAGUUAGAAGAAAAGGUCUUGAAAUAUCGUAAUUAAGAAUUUUUCAGAAAUCAAUUAAGUUUAUGCGAUUUUUUCCGUGGUUCUUAGGAAUCUUUGCAGUGUUCCAGCCUUGUAAUUCAGCGUUUCUGUGUUUACGUUUUUUUCAAGUUACUGCAUGUGAAACGAAAGAAGUUACGAAUCAGAACGAGCAUUCAUUUUGACGAUACAAAGAAGAUUUUCGAUCCAAAAGCUCUCAGUUUUCUCUCUGGGACUUUUCUGCGCCCUCCUCGUCUCUCGGCGUCUCUCUCUCUCUCUCUCUCUCUCUCUCUCUCUCUCUCUCACGUUAACGUCCCAUUUUCAUGUUACUCUCACCUCGCUGAUGAGGGAACAGAGAGACGGUGAACGGAGUAUAUUUUGUAGAUUCAAGUCAAUCUUGUUUCACUUUCCUGUUCUCUCGCAGAUCCUUCACUGGUAAAUCGAGAGGUCGAUACAAUUAGGUGCCGGGUAGCAACUUCAAAGUCAAUCGGUGCAUGUUAAUCGGUGGUAGUUUGUACGCGACCGGUUACUAUCUGUAUGGUACCUGGAUACUACCGGAGAGGUAUCGCUAUGCUACCGGGUAUGACUUCUGACGAGCGUAUGCUUUCCGGUAACAUGAGAGUAGCUGAUAAGUGCCUACCCGGUACCUACUUUCAUCGACCUCUAGAUUCACCUUUGUCUAAACCCCGUUUUCAGUGUUUUUUUUUUUUUGAGUAUAUUCCGCACCUAUACAGUUUUCCAGGCGGACAACGAAGUGCAAUUGGAAGCUCUCGCUGGUGCCAUCGACGAACAAGAAGCAGACGCGGUCUACGUGGUCGGAGGGGACGGAACCAUGGGCAAAGUGGUCACCGGCAUCUUCAGAAAUCGGUAAAAUUCAAAGCAUAAAGGUAGUGGCCUAAGUGUUUCAGAACAGAGGCGCCACUUCCGGUCGGCUGUUAUCCAGGAGGCUGUGAUAAUCUUUGGCUGAAGCGUAUGGCUCCUGCCGUUUUUGGUACUUGUUGAAUCGUUGAAAUAUCUUCAGCUCCGAAGAAAUUAAGAGAACGCGAAAGACGUCAGAGGAGCUUGCGAAAGUGCGAUGGCCGUCGUGGAAGGACGUCUGCAGCCAGUCUACGCCUUCGAGUUCUCCAUUGUAUUUCAGUUCAUGGAUUUCGUGUUGAAAAGUGUAUCCUCAGCCUGAUUCCGAGGAGCCUGUACAGUAUGGAGUGGGCGACGUCGGCGCCGGCUGGUUCCGUCAGAUAGAGGACAAAAGGAAAAAGUUGUGGUACUUUGGGGCUUUGAAACGAAGAUGGGCCUAUGUCUGGGAAAUGGUCAAGGUUUGCUCUACCCGAAUCUGUACGUUUUGAAACAAAUAUAUGCAAGAGAGGUCACAAAAAUAACAAACUUUUUUCUUGGUUUUCGAGCUAAUAAUUUAUCUUUCUCAACAAUAAUCUGUUCUCCUCUCCACUAUGUUUGAUUGUCCUCUUGUUUCCGAACAAUCAAACAUUGCGAAACCUGCUCGGAAGACCAAUAUUAUGCCGUGUUCAAUUUGAUUGCGCGAAAUGCAAAAGGAUCUCUGACUCUCCAAAAUUUAGUGAUAUUUUCCUUUCUCUAACGGGUAUUUUGCAUUUCGCGGAAUGAAAUUGAACACGGCAUAAUAAUUUUUGAAGAUUUGAAGGAAAAAUUUGGAAGAGUAAAUGCAAACCUUCUAUAUCUUGAAACCAUUUGUCCCUGUCAUUUUCAGAGAUCGCCAGAACCACUCGAAGCACAAGUCGAGUACGAAAUGCCGUGCUCUGGCUGCGAGAAAUGCCGUCCAAAGCCUGUCUACACGCCGCCGACCUGGCGCUGGUGGCACAUUCUGACUGGAACGCCCAGGGUGAAACCAGACAAAAGUUGGUUGCAGCCUAUAAUAACGCAAGUCGCGUCUGUUCUUCAGCGUUGCGCGACUUCACUGGCGUUCUCAACGAAAACUGCGGCAAAGAGCAAGAAUUGAGUAUACGUGGCACCGAUUUCCUCGUAGAAAAUCAGCAAGUCUAUGACCACGAAGUGAGAUUUUCUUGGCGUUAAAACUGACUCCACCAUUUUAGCUGUGGUCUCAACUGAGGCUAAGGAUGGGCGGAGAGAAUUUCGGCAGGUUUGGAGUGAUCGCCGAGGGCCAACGCCGAUGCUCAGAGGUUGGCACCGGAAACAUAAAGUACUGAGAAAUAUCUUGAAGGAUCGAGUCGGAACAAGUUCGCAGCCUGACUUUUAUUCAAUUGACUUGCUGGCAAAAUCGCUCAAGUUGAAGUUUUCACAGUUUCCGGUUAGCCACCCCCUUCAAUUUUGAUUUUCAAUUUUCGGACCCAUAAUGAUUCAAACGGAUGAAUGUGUCUUCCAGGAAUACAUCCGCAGGAUCUACGUAUCAAGCAAUCCGCAGACUGAGAAUGUCGAAGAGAAAACUCUGCGAAUCAGUACGACUCAGCACAAAAUCAACGUCUUUUUGCCUUCGAUGAUACGCCUCGAUCUCGCGGAUCUUCAAUAA